GUUCAGAAACAAAUCUAACCGGUUACCCUGCGACCCUACUGACCUUUACCGUUAAUUAUGUCGUUUGCCUAUUAAAACACGCUUCCAAAACAGAUCAUGAACGUUGUCAGUCUGUCUCCAAACCCCAAGCUAAAUUGCCGGCAAUCUUAACGUCGUUUGUGUCUGAAGCAUUGAAAACCUACUGUAAGUGCGGCCAUGGCGACAACAGAAGUUGUGAGCUGGCAUCAAGAGGACAAGGAUGUCGGUUUGCGUUCAAAAGAGCCGAGCAGAGGACUGAUGACAUUCAUUAUCUGUACAAUAAUGUCAACAGCGUUAUGCAUUCUACAGGCAGUGAUAUGGAGGGACUCGUUGCCACAAGUCCCGCCGUACCAGUUUGGAAACAGGACCAUAGCAAGACUCCGUCGGCCAAAGCUACAAUUUGGAUCCUUAGCACCAGAUGCAGCCUGGGAAUUUAGACCGGAGGCCAUGGCGAAAGUCAGAAAUUCUACAAUGAAACUACAUCCUGACGUUCAUCUCAGGUUAUUUAAGUUGGGCACUCAAUACAAAAAGGAUACCUGUGAAGGAAACAAAGACAUUUCCGAAGUCCACUGCCAGACAGACUACAGCACUAAGAUUGGUCACUACAACACGUGUGCUGUGGUUGGCAAUAGCGGCGUGCUUCUGGAAAGCCGUUGUGGUGCUGAGAUUGAUUCCAAGGAUUACGUUAUAAGGAUUGACAUACCCGUAGUAAGAGGAUAUGAAAAAGACGUUGGUGAACGAACCAGUAUGACGGUACUCAACCUCAGCACACCGAAACGGUUACAGAGGUCUGCACGUUUGAAAAAUAGAACCCAGGAUGUGUACGAGAGUCGCCUGAGGAACAUAGGUGGCACUGCCCUGGUGACGGAUAAAAAGGCAAGACACACAAUAAUGAGUUCAUCAAGAAAGUAUCAUCUCCCCUUUUCUUUGUACAUUGUCAAAGGAAGCUUAAGACGAGGAAUCAAUCCAAUUGCGUCCAAGUUAGCGAACAGGAAACCGGGCGGGAAUCCUACCACGGGACUGGUGACCAUUCUGAUGGCGACUGCGUUCUGUGACCACCCUUACUUGUACGGCUUCUUCCCAUUCCAAAUAGAUGCCAACAAUACACCAAUCCCCUAUCACUACUACCCGGGAGACUACAUCAAACCUAUCAAACAGAACGCCGCUGGUCGUCACCACAUGACGAGAGAAUAUAACUUAUUUAGGGAUCUACAUAAGCAGGGCGUGCUGAAGAUGCACGUCGGUCCAUGCGAGGAGAAGUAAAGAUGUUUACAGCACAAUAAUUUAGCCACCUUAUCUUUGUACUUAAGUAGAUAAGUUCCAUACAUACUAAUAUAAUAUCAUAUCAUAUCAUGACCAGCAGAUAACUUUGUAUAACAAAUUUUAUGAAAUCAUUUUGAAAACCAGCUUGAACCAUCGAUGUUGACAUGGCAUUGGUGACAAUAACAAAAGCUUUUAAUGAUUUUACUACGCAUUUGCUGCUAAAUGCACCAUAGUAUAACGUUAUAUCUAUCAAGUAACUUCACCAUCUGUUAGCUAAAUCGACGAAACGAUAGAUUCACAUGACCAUUCCCUUGUAAAUGUAAACCAAGCGCUUAGAUCGUAGCUUUCAACAGUCCAUAUCAUUGCUUGAAUAGUCAUUCGUUUCCACUUGUCACCACUGUUAUCUAUACCAAAGUCUUUUAUUUCAUGUAUGUCUGCUAUAUUCUGUAUGUCCCAUGUUGCAAUCAACCCUCGGGCAAUCGGUUACUGGCAAUUUUGAAAUUUGGUGACGUUUGGCGAAAGUCGUCGACAGAGGGACGCCGGUGUAACUUGUGUGUCAACAUUUGUCAACAAUUACUGUGGAGCCGGAAUAAAUGAUAUUCAAAUUCCUACAUGUAUUGUGUACUGGCAAUAGCAUAUUCAUAUAUAAACGUCGCUAGGUCAAUGCAAUUUGACGAGAAACUAUACCAGUGUUUUACGAUUUCUGUUUGUGUCUUAAUUCUGUGCUUUGUGUAAUAGUUGUUGCCAUACAUUGUAUUAUGUACAAUCGUCGUGCAAUAAAGUUCUCUAUAACUG